CCAACCAGUAGAGGGUGGAGGAGGUAAUUGUCUGAGGCUUUUAAAAUGCGAUGUGUUUUCGCUUUAGGACACUUAAAUAUAAGUUGUAAAAAGGCUACAGUUAGAGGGAGGAGAAUUAAAACUAUUUGCUGCAACGUGGGCCGAGGUGGGAAGCGGCCUGUAGGAUGUGGCUGACGCUGGUGCCACUGCUGCUGGUGUCGGCCUCUGCCGUGAGCGGCCACAACGUCAGCGAAGGGAAGGAGGAGGACUACAAAGAUGAGCUCUUGCUCUGCAGGUCGUGCGGUUACGAGGUGGCUGCCAGUCGGGACCUUAAAUUCGUGGCCAGUCCCUUGGCUUUGGCUCUGAAGAACGGCACAUUGAUCGGAGAGCACAGGGUUCCAGUGCAACUCUUUCAGAACCCACAGGGCUAUCGUUUCCAGGUGCUCACUUUCAAGAGAGCCGUUGUCCACAAGCAUUGGCCGGCAGAUGAACAGUUUUCCUGGUUUCCAGGAUACUCUUGGACAUUAGCAACGUGUCCCAGAUGUCACAGCCACUUAGGGUGGUCUUUUCAGCCUGAUAUCUGGCCUCUGUACAGUACAGAUGAAGAAUUUGAAGAAUCUGAAGAGACAUUUAUUGCCUUGAUUAUGGAUAGACUUCUACAAGAGAACUUUGCUGCUACACUUCUCAUGGUGCCCAAGUCUUAUCAAAGAUAAAAUCAGUUAUUUUUAUAAUAAAUUUUAAUUAUUGUGGAGUAAAUUACCUUUCACAGGGUGCAUACUCAUUCAAACAUUGAUUGUUCAAAAUUAUCAAAAGUACAUGUCAUGUACAACCCUGAGAUCCACUGUCUUAUGGGCAUUCAUAGUUAAUACAAACAAAAAUAUAGAACAUGCAGAGUCCUUGAAAGUGAGUCCAGUCCAUAGCGUAUGGAAAUAGGUCAGUGAAGCAUUGACAACUUUUAAUAUAAUAGCAAUGUUUUAAAAUCAUUGUUUCUGCUUGCCUGCAGGCUCUGGCUUGGAAGUGACACCCUGCGGUGUGCUGCUUUAUCAAAUUUCUAUAUUUUAAAAAGACUGUCUAUUGCAUGUGUUUAAGGCUAUAAAAUAAACAAUUAUCCUACCACUACCAAUGAUGGUGAUUCAAAAUCUUCCGAGUUGAAAAUGCCUUCAUUUUGUUUCCAAUACAGUAUCUCCAGUUUUGUCAAAUUUUCACUUACUGUAACCUGACAAAUGCCCAAAAGUUAAUGACAGGCGAAUAACAUUACUGAUUUGAACACUUUCUGCAUAUUUAUUAAUGGCUUAUUACCUGCCAUAGACUUGAUUCUGCUUGUGACCUAAUUUGAAAGUAUAUCAGAAUCCUCGAGUCCAAAACAAGUCUUUCUAGUAUUACCCUUUAUUUGGUA